UGCCAAUCCUUUCUUCUUUUCUGGUAUAAGUACAAGAUACCACCCCUCCACUUGUUCUUUGUUCUUCUCGCCAUACAUAGUAUUUCAUACCACUUUUUCUAGCAACUCACUUUUGCCUUUUUUCUAAACCCUUCAUGUCCAAAGGUUACACUUGGGAUCAGAUUCGAAGCCAAGUGAGAUCUUUCAGGUCACGAACGCAAGCCGCUUUUCCAUUCCAUGCUCUAACGACAAUCAAGGACUUUCACUUUGAUGCCACGCUCAACAAGCUCUAUUUCUUAUCCAACAACCAAAAUGCCGACGGUACCAUGAGUCGGCAUUUGACCUUGUACGAAGUCGAGUAUGGUGAUGAUAAUAUUGCUACAACCACGCAAUCUCAGUUACCGGCAUUGGACGAGCAUCCCUACUUGACAAGGUUAUUCAAGUUUCCUUUAGCAGAGUGGGCACCUGUAUUUACGAAAUAUACUACAGCAUCCGUUUCGACUUUGGAUGAUGAUAUCAUGUUUUCGUCAUCAGAUACCGGAGGGGAUGAUAGCAACUUGCAUCCGAUCCAGGGGAUCGCGCAGUAUCAAAUGGCAGGAAACAAAGUCCUAUUCUCGUUCAAUGGUGGUGUCUAUCUCGGUGAUGUUGGACGCGUAAGUCAAAGAAAGUGAUGGUGAUGAUGAAGGUUUGAAUUACAGGAGGUUUCCGAUACCGUUGACUUGAAUAAAAUGAUGGAAAACUGACGUUUGCUGGGACAAAAAAAAAGAUCUCCUCACUAGU